AGUCGUUUGUUUGGAAUCAGUCCCUACUCAUUUUAACAUCGUAUACAGAGUCUGUCUACUGCCAUACUAAUAUCGGCAAAAAUGACCGGAGUUUCCAUGAUCAGUCAAUUUCCUACCAAUUCAGUCUCCUUAAUGUCUCCGGUAUCGAAACCGAGCUCCAAGACACCUAUGUUAACAUCUCAUUCAGUCAGAUUUCCAGCAAAAACCUCCACAAAAUCAAAGGUCCGUUUCGCAGGAGGAGCCAGAAAGAAAUUCAGUUUCACUUUGCGUGCUGCGGGUGAUGACGGUUUUGAACCCGAAGGUAACGAAACCUAUUCUGUGGUUGCAGAGGAGCCGAUCACGGAGAUCGGGUUGUUGAAGAAGCAGUUGGUUGAGACGUUUUACGGGACGAAUUUCGGAUUGAGUGCUACAAGUGAAACAAGAGCAGAGAUUGUGGAGCUCAUCACGCAGCUGGAGGUGAUGAACCCGACUCCUGAACCAACUAAGGCUCUGCCUCUUCUCAAUGGCAAAUGGAUUUUGGCCUAUACAUCCUUUGUUGGCUUAUACCCUUUGCUGUCACAUGGAACAAUCCCUCUAGUGAAAGUAGAAGAGAUAUCCCAAACCAUCGAUUCCGAAAACUUCACGGUCCAAAACUGUGUUGUUUUUGCCGGACCAGGGUCCACAACCGCAAUAAGUGCAAACGCAACGUUUGAAAUUCAAAGUCCUAAGCGCGUACAGAUAAAGUUCGAUGAAGGGAUCAUUGGGACACCACAACUGACAGACUCGAUUGAAAUACCCGAGAGUAUUGAGAUUUUGGGACAAAAUGUAGACCUUUCGCCUUUUAAAGGGUUGAUCACGUCGGUUGAGGACACUGCGUCACAUGUUGCAAAGACCAUUUCGAGUCAACCACCGUGGAAGUUCUCCAUCUCUGAAGGCAAGGUGGAGUCAUGGUUGCUAACAACUUAUUUGGAUGAAGAAGUUAGGAUCUCUAGGGGAGAUGGUGGGAAAGUGUUUGUUCUGUUUAAGGAAGGUUCGUCGCUUCUUUCGUCUUGAAUUGAUUCGGGAUCUUGAUGAAUAUUUAUCUCUCUUUUAUAGAGAUCUGUAAGAACGUUAACGCGUAUUGCGUCUUGGAUUGAAACAUGCUAAUAUGAUAUUGAAGAAUGAAUGAGUGAAUGCCUUAUUUUAUAUCGUGA